AAGUGGUGAGUGCGUGUGCGUAGCGUCUCCUCUCUCUCUACGACAUCGACGUUCGACAGGAUCGACAACCCCCCCGUUUGACACGGUGCCGACAUCAUGGCCGACCUCAGCCUGAAACUGGAUCGCGUGGGCCUCACCGAGUCCUCGGACGAUGAGGAGGAGGUGGCCCUGCUAACGGCCGCCGCCGAGCCCGCCGUCUCGCCCGUCAAGAAGGUCACCGUCACCGCACCUACCAUCACCGUCCCCACCGUCACCGUCCCCACCGUCACGGUCGGCGACGCAGGAGUCUCCAUCAAGGUCCCCAAGAAGCCUGUGAUGCCGGUGCCUGCUGACAGCGACGAGGAGGAGGAAGAGGAAGAGGAAGACUCGGACUCGGACGAGGUCCCUUCAAUGAAGGAAAUGAAGCUGGCCCUGGGCACUGUCGCCGCCGCAGCUGCCGCCACCGCUGCCGCCACCGCCGCUGCCGCCUCCGCCGCCACCGCUCCCAUCGCCACCGUCAACGGCCAGGGCAAGGAGGCGGCGGUGGAGGAGGAGGAGGAUGUGGACUCCAACGGCAUCAUGGUGCUGGCGCUGCUGGACAAGAUCAUCGGCGUGGUGGACCAGAUCCAGAAGACCCAGAACAGCCUGGAGACGCGGCAGACGGGCAUGGAGAAGAGCGUGAGCGGCAUCCAGGGCGACCUGACCAAGCUGGCCAAGCACCACGCGGGCACGGCCAGCACCGUCAACAAGAUGGUGGACAAGCUGCGCAAGGUCAACACCAACGUGAAGAGCGUCCGCGGGGAGCUGGACAAGCAGGCCGGCCAGAUCAAGAAGCUGGAGAGCAACGAGCACGAGCUGCUGCGGAGGAAGAACUUCAAAGUCAUGAUCUACCAGGAAAAACCCUUACCUGAAGUGAAGCCAGAGGUGAAAGAGAAGGUCAAAGCCAAGGUGAAGGUAGCAGUGGAAGGGGAGGUGCCGGCGGAGGGAGAGGGAGUCGAGAAGGGGUCGCAGGAGGAUGUGGCGGAGGAGGGCGUCGCGGAGGAGACCCGCACCGAACGCAUCAAGCGCAGUGGCAUGCAACGCAUGGAGAACAUCAAGAAGGCCUUCAGCAAGGAGAACAUGGAAAAGACCAAGCUGAAAACCAAGGAGAACCUUGAGAAGACCCGGCAACGAACGAAGGAGAACCUGGAGAAGACCCGGCAGCGGACCCGCGACAACAUCGACAAGACCCGCCACAACAUGGAGACCAAGAUGGCCAAGCUGGGCACGGAGCGCAAGGAGAAGCUGCGUGUCUCGCGCGACAAGCUCAAGAAGUCGCUGAAGACCCGACCCAAGAACGCCACGUACCGCGUGCCACCCUUCACCUUCCACGUGAAGAAGAUCCGCGAGGGCCAGAUGGUUGGGGAGGUGGACCAUGACCUGGAGGUGGAGGAGGUGUUGGAGGUGGAGAAGGAGAAGACGAAGAAGAAGCCAAGCAUGAAAAACGUGGUCGUCGGUGGCCUGGAGGAGGUGGAGAUGGAUGACCAUGACCUGGAGGUGGGGGCGGAGGAAGGGGUGCUGGUCAACCUGGACAGCCCAGAGAUGGAGGCCGUGCUGGAGGUGGUCGACUCCUCGAAGUUGGUCUUGGUCGAAGAAGACGUGGAGGUGAAUGUGCCAAUAAUAAAAUGCAAAAAAUAGAGAAGAAGAUAAUGGAAGAGGAAGCAGGUCCAUUUUAAUAUUGUAAAAUUGGAAAAGUGUAUAUUUGAAGAUGUCUACACUUUGAAGGAAGCCCAACAGGAGGCAAGAUGGUUCGUUGAAAGGAUGAAAUGAGUGAACUAACACUGAUGAUCGAAGGCCUGGAUGAAGGAUGAUGAACUCGUACACUGUUGCCAAAGAAUGUUGUUUGUCAUUUUUUUCUUUCUGUGUUUUCUGUGUUGUUGUUUUCACUUUUCUUUUUAAUCAGAAUCAGAACUGAAACGCAGUGAACCAAUGGCUGCCACUGACACGUCAGAUGUAUGUUUGGGUUUUAGAAUUCAGCGCUUGUAGUUCUAUUUUAAAAUGGAUUGAUUUGUUGUCCAUUUAAUUUAACAAAUUGAGUCUUCUUGGCAUGUCUGGGAGUGGUUUGUUUAUGGAGUGUGGAUGUUAUCACCACUGAGUGUUGCCUGAAGGUGAAAAGAGGAGGAGGAGGAGGAGGAGAUGGGAGUUUCACAGCGUGUGUGUAUUACCGUAAGACAGGAAGCAAGCAAGAGGAAUGAGACAGCAAAGGGGUUUCUCCAACUUGAUUAUGUCACCAAAAAAGUUUCGACGUAACAAAAAAUAGGACACAUUUGUGUAUAUCCCAAAACAAGAUGUUCCCUCCCCUCCAUCUUUCUCCCUUAUGCUCUUCUCCAGCCUUCUGUCCAUGUUUGUACAACCAACCCUUCCCCCCUACUGAAGUCUCACUGUUCUGUCUAUAGGCAUCUAUAAUUGACUAAUGUAUGUUCAUGCUCGUGUCUGCCAUGUUUUGAAGAGAGCGGCAGCCAAAAUUAAAAUGGUGGUUCAAUACGAUGUGAUGUUUUAUGAGGCAGGGUAAUGCUUAGACAUGAGAUGGUGUGAUAUGAAAGAGAACCUUGAAAUGGACAGCUUUACGCUUGAGUACAGAUAACGUAUGUACAGACAUGUAAAAUCAAGUCAAUUACAAGGUGUUUCAAUCUGCGACGGCAACCAAUCACAUAGAUUUAAAAACGUAAUGAGUUUCUUUAAUCGGAGCAUAAGCUACGCUGCAAUCUAAGGUUCAUUGAGAAUAUAUUGUCUGUUUUAGAUGAAAGUCACUACCUAUAAUCAUUUUGUGACAAUGUGUGUAUGUUUUAUAAAGUCAACACUGAACUCAUAAUAACUAAAUGUAAAAAAAAAAGUUUAUAAAAAAGAGAUGAGAUUCUGCUGUAACAGAAUAUUAAAUGACUACCAGUGUGUCAA